AUGGCCCGAAUAUAUUUCAGUCGAAAGAGUUAUUUGUUGGUCCACAUGAGAGCUCACACAGGUGAAAAGCCGUAUUCAUGUGAAACAUGCGGAAAAAGUUUCAGUCAACAGAGUAAUUUGUCGGUCCACAUGAGAUCUCACUCAGGUGAGAAGCCGUAUUCUUGUGAAACAUGUGGAAAAAGCUUCAGUGGGAAGGGCACUUUGUUGCGCCACAUGAGGAUUCACACAGGUGAGAAGCCUUAUUUUUGUGAAACAUGUGGGAAAAGUUUCAGGAAUAAGAGUCAUUUGUCGGACCACAUGAGGAUCCACACAGGUGAGAAGCCAUACUCCUGUGAAACAUGUGGGAGAAGUUUCAGUUUUUACGGUUCUUGGUUGGUCCACGUGAGGACUCACACAGGUGUGAAGCCGUAUUCUUGUGAAACAUGUGGAAAAAGCUUCAGUCAACAGAGUUCUUUGUCAGUGCACUUGAGGACUCACACAGAACAGCAGAAU